CGAAGAAGAAAUCCUGUCGGAUCAGUUCCUGGUUGUAUAAAGUCAGGAAUCACCCUCUGCUCAGGUUGUUGUUUUUUCUCAUCUUUAAGCUAACCCGUUAUUUUGUUUCGACCAAUAUGUUCAAAGGUUUAGGGACGUGGUUGGGUCUGGAGAACCCGACGUACACGAAGACGCCGGACGACAAUGAAAACCUGAGUGUGGAACGGGAAGGAAAGGUGGUAGAAGCACAAAACGAGGUAAACAAACAGCAGCCAGCUGACCAGGAUGGGGAACCAGAGGCGAACCAGGAAAUCUCUGAGCAGGGCAAAGGACUUGGUGAUUACAUCUUCAGUUUUGCUUCCAGCGCCACGAAGAAGAUCUCUGAGUCAGUGGUGGAGACGGCUCAGACCAUCAAGAAGACUGUGGAAGAAGGGAAGAUCGACGGCAUCAUAGACAAGACUUUUCUAGGAGACUUCCAAAAGGAGCAAGAAAAGUUUGUCCAAGAGAAGAAGGCAAAAAAAUCAGAAGCAGCAGUGCCCCCCUGGGUCGGCUACAACGAGGAGGAGACAAUCCAGCAACAGAUCCUUGCUCUGUCAGCUGACAAGAGAAAUUUCUUGCGAGACCCUCCCGCUGGUGUUCAGUUCCACUUCGACAUGGAGCAGAUGUAUCCUCUGGCUGCAGUGAUGCUGGAGGAAGACCAGCUCCUCAACCGCAUGCGCUUUGACUUGGUUCCUAAACAUGUGAAGGAGGAGGUUUUCUGGAGGAAUUAUUUCUACCGGGUGUCUCUGAUCAAGCAGUCAGCUCAGCUCACAGCGCUGGCAGCCCAGCAGCAGAAGCAGCAGAAGGACGGUGAGGACAGAGGGGCCAGCGUUUCACCUGAGGACGUCGUCUUAACAGACAUUGUCAGACCAAAAACUCCACCAGUUUCCAUCAGCGACAUACAGAAGCCACCUCAAGAAGAAGAGGAAGAGGAGGAGAUGUCGACAAGUCCCGGAGCGUCUGAGUUUGUGAGCGACGCUUUCGACUCGGCGGCCAUCAACCAGGAGGACCUGAGGAAAGAGAUGGAGCAGCUGGUGCUGGAUAAGAAGGACAGCGUCCCCUCUCCUGAUGAUGAGUCCGCAGACUGGGAGAAGGAGCUGCAGCAGGAGCUGCAGGAGUACGAGGUGGUGACGGAGUCAGACAACAAAGACGACCAGUGGGAUCAAGAGAUCGAGAAGAUGCUCCAGGCUGACGACAGCUAGACCACUGUGUGUCUGUCUUCUGUGCGGUGAUCUGACCCAGAAUGGAUGAAUAGUGACCAGUGAUGCAUAAGGGGAUGAACUUCUACAUCCUCUGCCCCACCCAGCUGUGAUUACUAUGUUGUAAGCAUUCUCCCUGUACCUGAUGAUGGUGUAGAUCCAAUAAUAGCAAGAGUGUGUCACCUCUGCUGGCAACAGCGGUUAUGUUCAGGCGUAUUAGUAAAGUGCUACUUCAUUGCUCCUUCCUAAAUUAGUUUUAUCGACUUGCUUUUCCCCCAACCCGGUCUCUUUUUGAUGGGAAAAGCCGCUAGAGGGCGCUGCAGUACAAGUACCAUGAAUUUUGUAUUGGAGGAGGCCUGUUUGAAAUCACAUAAAAUUUUAUCUCUGUUUCCACUGCUGCUUUCUGGUGGUUUGUACAGUAAAGUCUUAGUAUAGUUACAGUACAGCAAAGUCAAAUGUAAAGUUACAUUAAUGUAAAUAAAGAAGAUUCUAACACUA